GCAAUCAUUGGGAUCGAAGUAAUAAAUAGUUCAUUAUCAUUGUGAGGGAUAAAACCACUCGAAAAACUGUUACAAUAAUACUUACAAGUACCAAGGAGUGUCCAAAAUUUCUAGACUCAACAUCAACAAUUAACCUCUCUGUGGCAUGAUCUACAAGUUUUGGCAGGUCUGAUGUGAUCUUCCAGGGACCCUAACCGGCCGGUUCCCAUUGAAUUUCUCUUGCGAAGAGUUCCCCAGCACUCAAACAUAAUUGACAGACAUAUUUUAAGGCCCUCGCAAGUCUUCAAAGAUGUUUGCCUUCGCUCAGCAGAAUGCAGUUGAGCCAAUGCAGGUCGAUGCACCACCGGAGGACAACGACAACACCGAGGAGGAGCCUUACAUCGUGGAAAAUCCAACACUUGACCUCGAGGUAUACGCCAAUAGCUACACCGGCCUAGCAAAGCUCUACCGCCUGAUCUAUAUCGCAGACCACUGUCCAAGCCUGCGAAUAGAGGCCCUGAAGAUGGCAAUAAACCAUGUUCUCACCACAUACAAUGUCGCCCUCUAUCAAGUGCUGCACAAGAAGCUCCUCCACGCGUUGAAUACCCCGGGUCUGCCCGACGUAGCAGCCCAAUCCACCUCAGCUCAGGACAUGCCAGUGCUCAAUCAGAUGUGGGUGGAGUCAAAAUCUAAGAAAGCAGCUCUCAAGCUAGAGAAAUUCGACACAGACCUGAAGAACUACCGUAGCAAUUCCAUUAAGGAGAGCAUAAGGAGGGGUCACGAUGACCUUGGGGAUCAUUACCUAGAUUGUGGAGAUCUGGGUAAUGCUCUCAAGUGUUACUCAAGGGCUCGGGACUACUGCACAAGUGGCAAACACGUUGUCAACAUGUGUCUCAAUGUCAUCAAAGUAUCGGUGUACCUUCAGAAUUGGACACAUGUUCUCACCUACGUUGCCAAGGCUGAGAAUGCCCCUGACUUUCCUGAGGUGCACAGCAAGGACAACAAUCAGUCUAUCAUUACAAAGCUCAAGGUAGCUGCUGGACUAGCUGCCCUUGCAAUGAAAAAAUUCAAAAUGGCUGCGAAACACUUUCUUCAAGCCUCUUUGGACCACUGCGACUGCCCAGAGCUACUGUCCCCUGGUAAUGUCGCGCUCUAUGGAGGCCUCUGCGCUCUCGCGACAUUUGAUAGGCAUGAGCUGCAGAAGCAGGUCAUCUUCAGCAGCUCAUUCAAACUUUUUUUGGAGCUGGAACCACAACUAAGAGACAUCAUCUUUAAAUUCUACGAGUCCAAGUAUGCGUCUUGCUUGAAACUUCUUGACGAGAUCAAGGAUAACAUUCUGCUGGACAUGUACAUUGCUCCACAUGUCAAUUCUUUGUACACGCAGAUUCGUAAUAGGGCCCUUAUUCAGUACUUCAGUCCUUAUCUCAGUGCUGAUAUGAGGAGAAUGGCUGUUGCUUUCAACAGGAGUGUACCUGCACUCGAGGAUGAACUUAUGCAACUGAUACUUGAUGGACAGAUUCAGGCACGAAUUGAUUCUCAUAAUAAGAUUUUAUACGCCAAAGAUGUCGACCAACGUAGCACAACAUUUGAGAAGUCCAUUAGCAUAGGGAAAGAGUAUCAGAGAAGAACAAAAAUGCUCCUCCUUCGCGCUGCCAUUUUUAAGCAUCAGAUUCAAGUCAAAUGUCCCCUACGUGAGACCACCCAAGGUGGUGAGAUGUCGGUAGCCCCUGGAAACAGUGCAGCUCCGCGAAGCUAAUCAACGAGCCUCAGUAAUCAUCAAAUCCCUCUUCUGUUCUUUUUCAUAAUAACAAAAAUAAAAUAAUUAAUUCAUAAUAUACUCUGAUCCACAUUAUUUCCUCCAGGGACUGUACAGACUUUCAUCACCCAAUUAGGAAAAACUCCUGGAGCAAUUGAGUAUAAUAAAUUAUUAUGAAUUCUAGAAAAAAUCGUGAAUUCAUGAUGGAUUUUUGUUGUA